AUGAUUGACGCUUUGUCCACAAGACCGUCAAUCUCGCUUCAGUCAGCGCUCGGCGCUCGCAGUGCGAUGGCGUCGGACGCUCGCACGCCGUCGUCGACCGCCGCCCGCACCCCGUCACCCCCCACAUCCCCGCGCCCCGCCACACCCAAUCUCACCAUAGAAAAAGCUUUCAUACUAGAAUUCGAAAAAUUACCGAUACUAUGGGAUAAAAAACACACGCAUUACACCAACAAAUACAAAAGAAUGGAAGCUCUGAAACAGCUACUUGAAAUUUUAAAGAGACGAACCCCUGAAGCGACCGUGUUUGAAGUUAAGAGAAAAAUUAACACUAUUAGAACGAAUUAUCGCCGUGAACUUAGGAAGAUAAUCGCUUAUCAAAAAGCAGGAAACGUUCACGUACCGAAGGGUUGGGCCUUCAAGUAUUUACAUUUUUUGAAUAAAGACAACGAAAUAGUAUCAGAGUUGAAUCAAACUCAAGACACAUCAAUCAAUUCUGAUUGCGUAGAAAGAAAACCGAAUGUAACAGCGGAAUCUCCCAUCUACUUACGGCCAAGGGCCUAUUCGUCGUCUGAUUGUGAUAUUCCUGACCCAAUCGAGUUGACGUCUAUCAAACAUCGAGAAAGUGAAGACAGAAGCAAUGAAAUGCUACACGAACCUUGCAUGUUCUCAACAUCUCAGCCAACAAGAUCCAACGCGACUGCAAUCUACUGGACAGAGAAGCUAGAAAGGUUGAGCAACACUCAGAGAAUUUUUGCUGAGAAAGCAAUAAAUGAAGUUUUGUUUGAAGCUGAGCUUGGAAAUUUAAACAAACAUUCUGUCAAGAUAAAUGAAGGGAUG